AUGGGUGAAAUGGAUUCACACUGUGUAUGUGAAAACAAAAUAUGGGUGGAGUUCACUGCCCCUGCAGUUGCAAGAUGGGUGGUGAAAUAUGUAUGUUCUGUAAAAGAAAGUUUCAACAAUUUUCUCCAUUCUUCUCAGUGGAUGAUCUCCCCUAACUACUCCAUCAAGAAAAUGUAUGAAGCAAUUUAUGGCAAUAACACCAGGGUCAGAUGGUGUCAUUUGGUCUGGAAUAGACUUUCAAUUCCUAAACACAUAUUUACUUUGUGGCUAGCCAUGCAUGACAGGCUAAAAACAAAGGCUAGGUUGUACAAGAUUGGUGUUGGGAAUGAUAAAUUAUGUCCUAUCUAUAACUGUGCUGAAGAAACUGUUAUUCAUCUGUACUUUAAUUGUGCUUAUGGGAAGGCUUGUCUUUCCAUCAUGCUGGGAUGGUUAGAGAUACAUUGCACCAAGACUCACCUGUACCAGGUGUUAAUCUGGUUAAGGACAAACCGCAAAGGUGAUUUCAGGAAGAAGGUUGCCUAUACUGCUAUAGCUGCCCUUACCUACUGCAUUUGGGGAGCAAGGAACUUUGUUGUUUGGGAGCUUCAAGUUCCUACUGUCAUGCAUACAGUGCAUCAGGCUCAGGCUGAUGUGAAAGGAAGAAUCCAGAACCUGUUAGGAGCUGAAGUGAAGAGUACAGACAGAGAGUGGGUUUACUCAUUGUAA